AUGAAUAAACGCAAGCGAUCGCCGGAGGAAACACCAGCCGGGCCGAAGACGCAUAACUCAAACACUAGUCCCGUCGCGGCUGGUGAACUUAACGAGAGUCUGCCGUCUAUUAGCCGUAAGAUUACGGCUUGUGCGGCAUGUAGGAAGCAGAAGAUUAGGUGUGAUAUGCCAGACGGCGUACCGCCGUGCACGCGGUGUCGUCGUCGCGAGCUGUCGUGUGUGUUGAAUAAGAGCCUUCAGUCGUUGGUUGAAGAGGCUAAGAAUACAGAUCUCCUACAUGUGGACGUUCGUGAGAUUCAUCUUACGUUAGGUGCUGUCUGUGAGCAUCUGGGUCUAGAUAGACCAAAGCCUUUACACAGCAGCCACAACCACAACAGCAAUGAUGUCUCAGCCCCAGAUGGAGACGUCAGCGGCAGUCAAGCGCCACCAAGCACCAUCGACAACAACGACCAAGACCAGACCCUCCCAGGCUGCGAGGUCUCACCACCCGGCACACCAUCUGCUGUACAAGCACCUAUAGAUACCUAUCUCGACAUCGCGAAACUAGGCAGUAAUAGCCACAGUCGAAGUCCUGGCUCUGGCUCUGCGGAAACACCUUCAAAUCAGUUAUCCAGACCACGACGCCAUGCGUCACCAGACCUCGUCAGCAAGCGUAUAAUCAGCAUGGCCGACGCGGAAACCCUCAUCGACAGAUACUUUACUCGGGUUGACUCGUAUCUCUACGGGAUAGGCAGUCGUCUACAUAAUCUGCAACGACUACGGACUGGUCAUCCAGUUCUUUUCGCCGCGAUAUGCACAGUCUCUGCACUGCACGAUCCAGGCGAUCAGUCGCUGUACGAAUCAUGUAACCGGGAAUUCCGCCGCUUAGUCUCGCAGAGUCUAUUCGAGAAACACGACCUAGAGUACAUUCGCGCAUUAUGUAUAAGCAGUUUCUGGCUCGCAGACGCGUCCCGGAUCCUGCUCAGCGACGCAAUCCGCAGAUCCGCAGACGUCCAUCUCCAUCGCAGCUUCGGCCGCCUCUGGAGCUGUGCCGGCGAUGCACGAUCAAACCCCGCCGUCGCGGAGAUGCGAGACCGCGUCCGUCUAUGGUACCUCCUCUUCAUCUGCGACCAACACCUCUCCAUCCUGCACAACCGAGACCCAUUGCUCCGCAGCGACACCGAAAUCGCAAUAAGCUGGGAAGCGUACCUGCGGCGCUCCGACGUCACAGACUCCGACGUGCGCAUUGUCUCACAAGUCGCCCUGCUCCUGAUAAUGAGCCAAGUCCGCGACGUUCUGGGCUGCGACUCAGACACAGAGACCCGCAUCCCGCAAACCCUGGCAAACCAAAUCGUGCAUUACUCCCGGCAACUGGAUAAAUGGUUCAAGCGCUUCUCGUCCAUGUUCAAACCUGACCCCUUUUUAGGUGAUUUUCCACGCAGGGGCCUCCAGUUACAUUACCAAUUCGGAAAACUCUACCUCGGACAUCAGGUGUUUAAAGGUCUACGGGGAGAAGCCAUUCCGGGCCCGUUUAUGGCGGCUGCAUCGAUGGCGCACGACGCGGCGAUAUCGAUAUUCGAAAUGAUCCUUAAUGAAGAAACACUACAAGCGAACCUCGUCGGCAUACCGCACUAUUUCCACAUCAUGCUUGCGUUCGCGGGACAUUUUCUGCUUGAAGUUACCAAAGGCUACGCGGGGCAGUUGGGCAUUGUACCUGACGACAAUUUUAUGCUGAUUCGUAAAGUGUUAACGCUGUUCCGGGAAACCAGGUGUGUGACUAUGCAUCCGAUUUGUAGGAUGACACCGGGGUUGGAGCGGAAGUUAGGGGAUUGUGCGGCGAGUCUUGUUUCUUCGUCUACGCAAGUGUCGCCUGUUGCAGUUUCGGGAAUGACAAAGGGGAUUGCUGAGAAUGUGACGGAGGGGUUCGUUUGGCCUGGGGAUGGGUUUUUUGGGACUGUGGCUGGGACUGAGACUGAGACUGGGACUGAGACUGGGACUGCGGAUGAGAUGUUUCUGCCGGAGUGGGAUUUUGGGGAGUUUUCAUUUCCGGGGAUGUUGUCGAAUAUUAUGCCGUAG